CUGAGGCAGCUCGCCGCCGAGAGCGCUUCCGGGAGGUUAGCGCAUCGGGGCAGCUUCUCUCGGCUCGGAGCGCGGGCUCGGACGCCGGAGCCUGGCGGGCUCGCCAUGGACCGCGACUUGCUGCGGCAGUCGCUGGGCUGCCACGGCCCGGCCCUGCUGUCGCUGCUGCGGAGUGAACAGCAGGACAACCCGCACUUCCGGAGCUUGCUGGGCACGGCGGCCGAGCCAGCCCGCGGCGCGGCGCCUCCUCCGGGAGCCGGCAGGAAAGAGAAGAGAGUUGACAACAUUGAAAUACAAAAAUUCAUCUCUAAAAAAGCGGAUCUGCUUUUUGCUCUGUCUUGGAAAUCAGAUGCAUCUACACCCUCUGAAGUGCAUGACGACAAUGACAAUCUUUAUGCGGUCAUGCCACCCUUAGAGCAGUUCAUGGAGAUGCCAAGCAUGGACCGGAGAGAGCUCUUCUUCCGAGAUAUUGAACGUGGUGAUAUAGUGAUUGGAAGAAUUAGCUCUAUUCGGGAGUUUGGUUUUUUCAUGGUGUUGAUCUGUUUAGGAAGUGGCAUCGUGAGAGAUAUAUCUCACUUAGAAAUCACAGCUCUUUGUCCCUUAAGAGAUGUGCCUUCUCACAGUAACCAUGGAGAUCCUUUAUCAUAUUACCAAACUGGUGACAUAAUUCGAGCUGGAAUCAAGGAUAUUGACAGAUAUCAUGAAAAGCUUGCAGUAUCUCUGUAUAGCUCAUCUCUUCCUCCACACAUGGCUGGCAUUAAACUAGGUGUGAUCACUUCUGAAGAGCUUCCUUUGUACUACAGGAGGAGUGUUGAACUAAAUAGUAAUUCUUUGGAGUCCUAUGAAAAUAUCAUGCAGAGUUCUCUGGGAUUUGUUAAUCCAGGAGUAGUUGAAUUCCUUCUAGAGAAACUAGGAAUAGAUGAAUCUCAUCCACCGUCUUUAAUGAGAGGCCUACAAAGCAAAAAUUUCUCUGAAGAUGAUUUUGCUUCAGCAUUAAGAAAGAAGCAGUCAGCAUCUUGGGCUUUAAAAUGUGUGAAGAUUGGAGUCGAUUAUUUUAAGGUGGGGCGACAUGUGGAUGCUAUGAACGAAUACAAUAAAGCUCUGGAAAUAGACAAACAGAAUGUGGAGGCUCUGGUAGCUCGAGGAGCAUUAUAUGCAACAAAAGGAAGUCUAAACAAAGCAAUAGAAGAUUUUGAGCUUGCAUUAGAAAACUGCCCAACUCAUAGAAAUGCAAGGAAAUAUCUCUGCCAGACACUUGUAGGAAGGGGAGGGCAGUUAGAAGAAGAAGAAAAGUUUUUAAAUGCUGAAAGUUACUAUAAGAAAGCUCUGACUUUGGAUGAGACUUUUAAAGAUGCAGAGGAUGCUUUGCAGAAACUUCAUAAAUAUAUGCAGAAAUCUUUGGAAUUAAGAGAAAAACAAGCUGAAAAGGAAGAAAAGCAGAAAACAAAGAAAAUAGAAACAAGUGCAGAAAAGUUGCGUAAGCUCUUAAAAGAGGAGAAAAGGCUAAAGAAGAAAAGAAGAAAAUCAUCAUCUUCCUCUUCAAGUGUUUCUUCUGCUGAUGAAGCCGUUUCUUCCUCCUCAUCUUCUUCCUCUUCUAGCCAUAAACGGCAUAAGAAAAGUAAGAGGAACCGUUCAGAGUCUUCUCGCAGUUCAAAGAGGCACUGGUCUAGGACAUCUUCAGGCCACACAGAUCAAAGUAGGAAAGAUGAUUGCUACCCAGUUCCAACUAAUACCUCAGCAUCUUUCCUUAAUCAAAAGCAAGAAGUGGAGAAACUGCUGGAAAAGCAGGAUAGGUUACAGUGUCCAAAUGCACAGGUAAAAGAGAAAGAGAGGGGCCUUCUCACAUCUUCAGGUGAAGUACCAGAUGAUUUGGGAGGUAGGUCAGAUUUUUACAAUAGCUAUAAAACCCAGGCAGGUAGUAGCAAAACCGAAAAGCCAUAUAAAUCAGAAAGACAUUUCUCCAGGAGAAAUUCCUCAGAUUCCUUCUCUAGAAAUUCAGAGGACAAGAUGAAAGCAUCUAGUUACCGAAGAUUUGAAAAGGACACAGAGGGAAGAAAAGAUCACUCUAGGAGGUGGGAGCCAAGUUCUGUGAAGUACUCUACUUCACCAGCAAGUUCAGACUACUCUUGGAAAUCACUUGAAAAACAAAAAAAAUAUACAUACUCUGGAUCUCGGGAUGUCAGUAAACAUGAGCAAAGAUACCAGUUAAAUACAAACCAGGGAGAGCGUGCGUAUGAAAAGGAGGACAGUUGUGGGGAGGGUAAUAGAACCGAGGCUCCAGAAGAGAUGCUGAAUAGCAAAGAGCAGCCAGACAGCAGAGUUAAGAAAAAUUUACCUCAAAAUUUACUCAAUAUAUUUAAUCAGAUAGCUGAAUUUGAGAAAGAAAAAGGGAAUAAGCCAAAAAAAUGAUCUGCUGAGGAAAUUUUAAUUUCCAGAAGUUUGAGGGUUCUUUAGCCCUAACAAAUAGUUCUAAGUCUAAACUUAUUUGUAACAGAUGACAAAAGGCUGUUUUGUUUUUAUUAUCAACUUUGUCAGUGUUGUGGGUAUAUGUGGAUACAACUUUUAACUAACAGUUCAGAUUUUUUCACCUAAAGAUAUUUUCUGAGUACUUUGUUUCUUCACUAUAAUGUGGUUUGUGAGACUCCUUCCUUGGGUCCAUCUUAUUUCACUGUUAGAGAAAAAUAUGUUUGCAUUGAACAGUUGAAUUGUUUUAUCAAAAGAAACUUUAUUCUGUUUUUUGUUAUAAGCCCUUAGCCUUUGGGGGUGGGUUAGAAUAUAUGGUUGAAUAUUUCUUUGAUAUUAUUUUCAAUCAUUUGUUUUCAGUAUUAAAGUUUUUGCACCAUUUCAUUUUUAAGUGAUAAAUUAUGACUUCGUGUCUAAGGCUUGAUGCAGAGGGUUUAUGAGCGCUUGUUUUCUUCCCGGCUUAACAAAAUACCUUAAGAUAAGACUCUGAAAGUUGCUUAAUCAGAGCCUGUUUUAGUUCUCCAAUAUUAUUCUUAUUUAAUGGUUGUCGUCAUAAAAUCCUUAAUUUUAAACAUUGACCUAACCCUUUGAGAAUUUUGUAUCAAACUAGAUGAGAAUAGAAAAUAACUAUUAGGAAAAAAUAGCAGCAGAGAAUCACCCUAUAAAUCUGGUUUCUGACUACUGUCUCAGUGCAAAUGCUUGGAAAGUCAGUAGACAUGUUUCUGAGUAGCAGAGGGGGAUUUGCAGCUUUAGAUUUCUUAUCUGUCACUUUCCUCUAUUGAUGCCCCUCACUGAAUGCUAGUGGAUAACCAACCCAGAGUAAAUCCCAGGCCUCGGAGGGGGCUCAGUAGGUAAAAGUACCAGCCAUGCCUGAGAACCUGACUUCAAUCCCAAGAGCCCAUGGUGUAGGGAGAGAACCAGCUCCCAAAGCUUGUCUUCCAACAGACACACACACAGUACCAUGUGUGGACAGCUAAGGAAGAAAUUAUAUUCAACUUUCAAAGAACCUCUCUGAAUUACUAGAAAUUGAAUAGUAGACUCUUGGCAGUAUUAGUAAGUAUCAUAGCUAUUACAUUUCUGAUGCUCUUAAAUUAGGAUUCUAGCAAUAAGCUUUUAAUCUCUUACUGGUCAUUGGAUGGGAUCCACCCUCAAACAUGCAUGAGGGAAUGGCAGAAAUAAAAGAGACUCGUUGCAUGUAUGUUUCUACCAGUAAAAUACUAAAGCUUUAAUACUGAUAACAUAGUAUUUGUACCUAAUUACAGUGAUGGAAAACUACUGUAAAAUAUGUUAUUUUACAGUACAAUACAGAAAAGAAACCUUGAUUAAGAACAAUAAAUAAUGGCAGCAGAAAUUUCAUAAUUACUUCAACAUUAGUUUUUUACACCAAGGAAAUCAUCAUUACGAUGAUAAUGAUGAUGAUGUGGGCUGGGGCAAGGAUGAUGAGCAUAUGUGCCACAUAUGUGCUUUGGGGGACAACUUGAAGGAAUUUUCCCACCUUACGGGUCCCAGGAAUGAAUCUUCGCUCAUUUGCUUGACAGCAAGUACCUCUCUCCACUGUGCCAUUUUGCUAGCCCAGCACCACGGAACUCUUAAGAGUACUCUAUGUUUCACUAGUUCCAGACUUACUCCUACAUAGCUAGGGUGUGCUGUUGUCAAAGGGUGAAAAUCACCUCUCUGCACACCCCUUGAUCUUUGAGAGUCCCUACUACACCUUAUAAUCUUACACAUACCAUGUUACUUAACCCUUAGGAUAGUGCCUUGUAGGGUAGGCUAUCAGACUUUGAAGAUUACAUCUUUCCUAGUAGGACAUUCGAAGUUAAGCAGACUACACUAAGCAUCCAGUUCCAUGGAAUAUUUGAGGAGUCGUCACAGAAAAAAUUAUUGAGAAUUUAAAUUGAUUCUCAGUUCUGUCUUCAUUAGUUUCUUUACAUUAAUAUGUCCAUAGUUUGCAUGUUCCCUGGACAGCUUUGUCUUAAUUUCCAUGAGUAGAACUGUGACUUCUGGAUGUUAAGGUACUCCAGAUCUGAAAACAGAGGGUUCAUCCUUUGUCCUCCCAUUUAACAUUAUUAUAUGCAGUUAGUAUAGUGGUUAGAUGUAAACUUGGAUGCUGGCCAUUCCAGAGUAGGAUCUAGUAGUGAUUCCACAGGGAGAAGGUAACUACUUACUAUGCAGUUAACCCUGUUUUAGUGCCACUGUAUUUUGCUUAUGUGUUACUUUAAUAAACCUGUGAUAGUUAAUUAUCUCUAGAUUAUGAAAAGAAAAGGCUUAGAAAAGUAAUCUACCUAGGAACAAAACCUCUGCCUUUGUAGAACACAAAGUUUAAUGUUUUAAGUUCUAAGUAACUUACAAACUAAAACAUAACUGAGAAUCACAACAUUGAUAAACAAAAUGAUGAUUAAUCAGUUUUAGAUCUUAAACAUGUUGUGCAUUUAAUUUACGCAGUGUUUGAACCAAAAAGUGCCCAGAGUUUUCUUAGCCUUUUUACUUAUUAGACUUAACUGUAUUUCUAAAUUUAAAAUGAUCAUUAGUAGAAACAGAUUUCCUACCACUGCUGCUUUUCCAGAAGUAACUGAGUAGUGGUUCUAAGACAAUCACUGCUGUAAUGACGAUUUUCCCAAAGGUUUAAAGGAGAUGCUGAUUUAUAUACCUGAAUGGUAAUGUAUUUGAAAUCUAGCUUAAUAGUAUUAUUUCAUACGCUAGACCAAAAAGUUCAAAGUGCUGGAAAUAAAGUAUUAGCUGGAAUAAACAAUUUUAAAUACACUAUGCAAUAUCUACCUCCAGUGUAAAUUUAAUAUGUUCAGUUCUUUCAUGGUCAGAGAAGAAACAUUCUUAACAGCAUAAGUUUCACUUUAUUUGUGCACAUAUAGAGACAAAUGUAUAUGUACAUAUACAUAAACAGUGUCUUUCUUACUAAACUUUUUCUUGAGGGAGUGGGGAUGAUGCUGUCUUUUGGUUACAGAUUAUAACCAGUACAAACAAACAAAAAAUGGCCUUUCCCAAGUUCCUGCCUCAUGCUAACCCCCUUAAAAAAAAAUCUGAAUACAGUUGUUCGCUUUUUUUUAUUUUAAAAGGUAAUUUUGUGAUCUAGAGUAAAUGAAAACUUCCUUAUUGAGAGAUAGAAUAAAUCUUUAGAAGUGUAUUAGUGAAAGAAUCUUAUAAAUGUGUUACUUCAUAAAACAUCUAACACUGUAGACAUGUUCUAGUAAAAAAAAAAAAAACUGCUUAUUUCCCUCUGCUUUGUCACAUGUGGCUUGGCUAAGGUUCUGCAGUUUUCCUUCUCUAUAAAUAAAACAGUAGGAAAAAAACAAACACUAAACUCCCUUUGUUCUUUUCUCAGACGGCUCUUAUAGCAACUGUGCAGAACUUUUGUCUGCUCUGUACUUCUGGUACUAUUUUAGUAAGCCUGCAUCAUUAAUAAAUGAAACCCCAGAAAAAGAGAGACUUAACUAUUAAUAAGAUUUUCAUUUGUGUUCUAAAUGUAUAAAAAGAUUUUUUUUAAAAGCAUGUUUACUUGCUGAGCUUUUUUUCUUUAGGAAUGUUGGAAUUACUGCCACUACUAGCUGACCUAGAACUGUCACUUGUUGCUGGAGAAGGCUCUGGAAAUCUGAGCUGUAUCACUUUAGCUGUGGGGGGAGACUGGGGAGUUACAUCCUCGAGCGACCUGGAACAAGAAAGGAUUUUCUGUAAACCCAAUGCGAAAUAUACUUCAAAAAGACCUUUCUAUUGGCAAAAAGAAUUAUUUUUUUUAAUUCCAUAAGUAACUAGGAAAGCUACUAGCGUUAAUAAAAUUUAAAAAUAUGACCAAUUCUUUCAAAAACAGAAGUGUGCAUAGUUGUUAAUUGUUUCUGUGAGAAAAAUAUAUUUUCAAGUGUAAUCAGUUUCAUAUAAUUGGAAGCAAUAGUUUGUAAGGUAGAAACAAAAGAAUGAGUGGGUGCUUGAUAGAGUGAUCAAAAUGAUAGUUUAAAGACAUGCUGAAAAGGAGAGGGGUUGGCAGGAAAGAUGGUGAGAUUGUUUGGAAAAUAGCCAUUUGCUUCUGAAAUGAUAAGUUUUAUUAAAAAUACAGAAAAUUUUAACAUAUAAUAAACAUUGAGUAGUUUGAUAUAUUUAUGUAGAAAAGAGGAUUUUAGUUUUUAAGCUUAAAACGCUGUCUUUGGGCAUCUCUUUUUUUUUUUUUUUAACUGUGAAACAGUUACACAGACUAAUAAAAACUAGUACAUAACUCUAAACUGUAGAAGAUUAGAAGUCUAAAAAUCGGGUUUAUUAAUAAUAAACCUGUCAACAAAGACAUAAUGUCCAUGACUUAGUCCUCCUCCUGGUACAUUUUGGUUUGCAUUAAGCUAAGUAAGAUACGGUAAAUAAACAUCUAUAAUUAGAAAAUUCAUUGUCUGUGCAUCUCACUUACUCUUUACAGUUUAAAAAGAUUUAAAUUUUUCCAGUUAAGAGUUCACCCAAAGUGUUUGUUCUGUCACCCCAAUUCUCACCCAACCUUGUUCCCUAAAAUAACUUGCUAGUUACAGUAAAUGUGUCAUAAUAGAAAUAUUGGCAGCUGCAGGCGGCUUGCUAUAGUGUGUGUCCGUGUAGUGAGGUUGCUAAAGGUGAGUGUCGUGGGUGGCAGCAGCAUCUGUGAAGGUAAGGACCCGCUUCCCCUUACCUGAUUGAUGAAAGUGAAGAAGACUGGGAAGAAGAUCUUGAGCUCGGGCCUUUUGCUGUAGGUAGUUCUAACCCAUUCUGAAAGAAUAUUUCAGUCAUUAGUCCUACACAGUUUAGAAGAAAGUUAAUUAGAUACACAGACUUACUAUAUUAUACUCUGUUACCUGCUCAAAAUAUGUUUUAAAGAUGGCAUGAAUUUCUGCAUUUUCCAUGGCGUUAACUAACAUUUGGUCAAUGUCCUUGUGAAACUGUAUGAGCUCACGAAGCUGAAUGUCCUGUUCUUCUAGAGUUUCAUUAUCUGUUUGUUUCAAAAUACGGAUUUCUCUUCUGAGUCUUCCACACUGUUAAUAAAUAAGUGAGGUAUUACAUAAACCUACUUUGCAUGAGGUAAGGAAAGCGGGGUCUGAGUCCGUUUGGACUGUGAGGAUUGGGGUCAGCUUUGAGAGCUUGCCAGCACCUGCUUAGUUAUUCGCUGUAAUUUCGGCUUCUGCUCCUCAGUCUCCUUACGAAGUUGAAAUGCCAGUGUUUGUUUCUCUGUUAAUUUCUCUUUGGCAUUGUUUGCUAAGUGUCCUAUAACUUCAAAAGUAUUUUCCAUGCUCUGUAGAAAAUAAAGUGUCAACAUACUCAUGGUCAGAAUUAAAAGAAAAAGAAGACUUAUUGCUU